GAAAAACUGAGCAGGAAAAUUUGCCAAUUGUAAGUUCUUCUACAUAUAGAAAAAAGAAUAGCGACUUAAAUGAGGUCCGAAAAGAAGAAUUUGUCAAAAAAAAUGUCAAGUUUCCAAAAUUUUCGUGAUACAAAACUGGAGUUAACGAAUGCCAUCCAGAAUAACCUGUGGUUCGGCAAAAUCCUCGAAAGGCAUCGGCAGUGUCGCGGACGCUAAAAGACCCAAGAAAAUCAGAGUGUACAACAACGGAGAAUCGCAUUGCUACUUCUUCAUCCUAAAUCCCAGGGAAUUCAAAGGAUGGACCGCCAUUCUGGAUUACAUGACCAAAAUCAUAAAUCCCGAUUACGGACACAUUGCUAAAUUAUUAUCAUUAUGUUCUUUGACAGAGAUUCAAUGCUUCGACGAUUUAGUUUCCGAGACAUCGUACGUGGCUUUAGGACAGAACUCCAAAUUCAAAAACGCUCCCGGCGGUUACGGAGUAAACUCCUACCAGAACAUCCUGCGAAGGGACGCGUAUAUCAAACAGUACUACUGCGGUAAACUGGAUCCCUGCAUCCUGCCGCUGCUGUGCGAAACGGAGAAGAAGAAUUUAGUGCUGGCGUACUUUCUGGUCAACGGAAAGAAAUGCCAGUGUCCUCAGAAAGUGGUGUUUAAUCGAUGCGAUUUGAAACGGGAAACGAUCACGAUGAAUUACUUGGCGAAAAUCAUGGACGUUCCGGAUGGCAUCCACAAGGUGGCUACCAUUUUUGGCGACAUAUUAAACAAUCUGAGAGAAAUCCAACACGGUUUUCCUUACGUUGCUAUACCGCACAAUAAGCAAUUCGUACAUAUGAAUUACCUGAACUUUUUCUGUUCGGCCAACAAAUGCAACCAAGGUUUGAAGUUUAAUAUAAGAAAGCAUUGUUCGAGUAAAGCAUCAGGUACGAUUGUGUUACAUUGCGGUUGCCAAACUUCAUUGUGCGAUUCAAAAAAACCGAAAUCGUCCGUCGAAUGCAAAUGCCAAAGUCCUUGCAGACCGUGCCGUUCGUGCAAUUCCACAGGAUCUAUGAAAUCAAAUCAGUGCGAUCCGUGUGAUCCAUCUAUUACUUGCAAAGUAUGCGGUCCGAUAAUACCUUGCAAAUCUUGCGACCCCGAUGCUCCUUGUGAUAUUUGCAAACCGCCUAAACCAAGCAAGCUAAUUUUACCGUGCGAUUGCAACGACAAAUGCGUAUAAUUCACAUUAGAGAAGAUGCUCAAUAAAUUUUGGUUACGUUAU